AGGGUCUUUCGACCGCGACCAGCAGGCGUAUUCCCAAAACUCCGCGGGCCGCUCCUUUUGCCUGGAUCUCGUCCUAUAAAAAGCUGGACCGCUGGCCAGCAACUUUCAGUUUCAGUCUCUCCGUUUUUCUAAGAGCCAAAACGCAGCGGAUGCCGUCGGCUGCCUGGCUAACUGGCUUCUUCAAAGUAGCCGACGAGGCAGAAGUGAAAUAAAAAUUGGAACAACUUCGAGAGACUGGAGUUUCUGAGUCUGAUUCCGAAGUCGGUGCGAUCCAAACGGCAGACAGCAUGAGACUCACGUUGGCCUGGCUCAGCGUCUGUCUGGCGAUUUAUUGCGGCGGUGGCCAUGGCCAUGGCAAUGUGGUACUAUCUUUGCCACCAUCGCUUAUCGCCACGGCCACGAAGGCGGCCUUGAGCCACCACCAGCAGCAGCAGAAAAAGGAUGCACGCGUCCUGUUUGACAGCCCCACCGAUGCACUGCGCGAUAUGCUGCACAACAACGACAACGGGCCAAUGAAUUCAGGAAAAUUCAGUCUGUCCGAUGUGGAGCAACAGGCACCACCGCAGCAGUCUGAGGAUUUUAAUCGAAACGCAGAUGAUUUAGGGGCCAGGCAAUCAGCGCCGCAGGAAAUUGCAAUGGGAAUGGGACUGGGACUGGGACUAGGCUUGGGACCCACUACCAACUUUCGGGCCACGCCUCCACACCGGUAUUGGGGCAAUCGUUGCCAGGGUCGAUCUGGUGCAUCCACCAAGUGUCCACAGGAAUACUAUCGCACCAUGCUGGCAGCCAGGAACAAAGAGGCUCUGGCCCGCCUCCACUUGCAACUGAGUUCGAUGCAGGAUUCUGACUCUGAGAUUACCUCCUCGGAUUCUGAUGAUUCCGAUGAAGAUGUCGACGAUGAGGAGCAGAGCAACAAUGAGGUCUUUAUGCUAUUGACUGGCGAACAGGAUCUCAUCAAGUUCCUGCACUGGGCCAUGCAACUCCUCUAUCCCAUUCAACGACCUUUUGGCAACCUAAGUGAUGGUGCCGCUGAGAACUAUCAUCCGGGAAUGUUUCUAUGGAAGAAGCUGAACUUGUCAGGUCACUUGGAACCGCCACUAAUUGUGGAUGAACCGCAAUAUGUGCUAGUGAGGAGGGAGAAGCUAUUCGAUGGAUAUCAAUUUGGCGAUAUGAGCAAGGAGAACGAUCCUUUUAUACCGCCUCGAGGUCGCAAACACACCUCGCCGGACCUAGACGCCCUGAUGAAUAGGUUUGAGCCUUUCGUGCCGAAUCGUGGUAAACGCGACAAGGUCAAGGAUCUGUUCAAGUAUGACGACCUGUUCUAUCCGCAUCGUGGAAAGAAACAUCGCAAUCUUUUCCAAGUGGACGAUCCCUUCUUUGCCACCCGGGGCAAGAAGCUGCAGCUCCGGGAUCUUUACAACAACGACGAUCCAUUCGUUCCGAAUCGCGGCAAGCGGCACUUGACAGCCAGCGGCGGGAAAUGGACGGGUGAGCGGGUGGCGGGAAAAUGGCCAGAUGACAGCGACAACAACUGGCCGCAAAGAAUGUCAACGCAUAAAAUUAAUGGUUACGAUCAAUCAGUCAGGCCAUCACUGUCAAUGGAGGAUGCUGCUGCUUCGUUUGCUUCUUCUUGGCGACUGCCCGCUAAUAGAUUGCACUCGACAAGAUCAAUGUCAGCCGAUCAGCAGCAGCAGCAACAGGAGUUGCAACAACAGCCAUUGCUGAUGCCUCAUGUCCGCUUCAUUGGCAAUCCGAACAUGCGCCAGCAGCAGGUGAAAACAUCAUCCUGGCCAGUAGAGGAACGCCUCCGGAGAUCCAUACCCAUACCCCAAGGCGAACAAAACGAUGCCCACGAGACACAAUUAACGCAAUCGCACCCGGCUAAUCCACAUUUGGACACUGAUUCGAACAAUUUGAACAUUUAAAUGCGGCGAGCGAUUUUUGGCUUCGGGUUUUUCUUGCUUUCAGUUUUCGGCUUGGGGCACCUUUUUCCUCGACUCAUGUAGAAGAACUAUAUGGCACACAAUAAAGUACAGCAUGCAAUUGAUUUUGAGAGAAAUCGAAUCGAAUUGAAGGUUAUUCUGAUCCGUUGCCCUUGGGGACGCCUUUCAAGAACUGCACUGGGAGGAAAUUUUAGCAAGCUAAGACUCUAUAAAGGACCUUUAGUUCUCAAGAGAGUUCUUAUAAUUCAUAAUUAUUUUCUGUCUUGGAGUUCUACUUCUAAAUUGUUGGCUAUUAACUAUUAAGAUAUUGCCUUUGGAUUAGGUUUUGUAACGCUUUUUAUGAAAGACUUCCCAACUGGGGUGUCAUUUACGUAUUUUUUUUCCUGUGUAUUCUGCGAAGGUCUCGCCUUGUUGCCCUUGGCGAUGUUGUUGCAAGGCGAGUAUUUCCUAUUUUAAUUGUAUUCAUUGGUUAAUUUAUCGCUAAAUGCAAUCAGCAUUGUGCCCAGCAUCGGGGUCUAGACUCCAUUGGAGCCACAGAAACACAGCUGCAGACAGGCGGGCGUGGCACGCAGUUGAUGCCACAUCUCAGAUAUGCAGGCAGAUAUUGUAGAACAACGGCAACCAGUAACUUUGAAAAAAAAAACAGCUGCUGAACGACUGCAAAGGUCAGGCCAGCAAGGGCCAUGUAAUCCCCAAAACGCACAUCAAUCACGCGAGUUUAACUUAUUAGCCAAGCACUGAACCUUAAAAGAAACUCGAAGGGAACAACAGUGAAGCUGUAAGCCACUGUGAACUGAAAUUUUCCAC